UCGAAUCGUUCGUUCAAUUCAAUUUUAAUCAGUUUUUUCUUUUGAAAUUCCAAGAUUUCCAAGUUCCAAGUGUUUGGAAUUUCUCGUCAUCUCCAGGAACCAUUAUUAUAUUAUUAUUAGUAUUCUACUCUUUGGUCUUUGCCAGGAACUGCGUCAAAACCUCAACAGGCUCAACAUGUAUUCCACCGUAGUCGUCCCCAAACCUCAUCAAAUGAUGACCUGCCCAUACAACAAGGCACACCAAGUGGAACAUUACCGGAUGCACAUACAUCUUCAAAAGUGCCGCAAGCAAUAUCCGAACAUGCCCAAAGUGUCCUGCCCGUUCGACAGCACGCAUGUGGUCAACGAUGCUGAGCUGGAUUUCCACGUUUCAACAUGCCCAAAGCGGUUCCUCUUCGACACGCAAAAAUUUGUGGUUGAAGACGAGGUGAUGCCGCGUGAGCUGCCGCCAAUACCCGUUGUUCAGACUGAUGAGAAUUGGGAGGAGGAGCCAUGCACAUCCUACAAACCUGACAUGUCCAAGAAAGGGCCUCACAUCAUCACCAAAAUCAAGGGCGCUACGCCCUCUGAACGCCGCCAGGCCAGGAUGGAGGGCGUCAAGAACUAUCGCCCUAUGCCUUCUACCUCAGAGUAAGAUUAACCCAGUUAGGAGCCGUCCGGGGAUCAACCAACAGCAUUACAUCUAUUCUCUGCUUCGCUGGAUUACAGUCAAUGCUAUUGGCAUAGAGAAAUAUAAGUGAGGAAACAGUGAUAAUAAUAAAUUUUAUUAAUCAUUUGAACUAGAUUUUGUCACAAUCAAUCAUCUGAGUUAAGAGUCCCCGGCAAGCUCGGCGCAAUUGCACUUUCCCCAUACAAACGUAGUCCCGCUCUCAUUUUAAAACUACGUGUUGGAUUGUAAUGAAACUGCACAUUCAAUGACAUGAGGUAUAUCUAGGUCUGAAAUUAGUUUAUAUAGCUCCAGUUUAUAAAACCAACGAAAUAGAGCAAAAACAAGUUUUAUAUGAAAAACUUAAAUUCGCUGUAUUUUUUUAACUAUGGUAUCUUAAGCUACAUUAACUAAUUACAGACAUAGAUAUACCUUAUCCUAUUGUAAGUAAAAAGUUUAAGAGCAAUCUAGCUAGUCUUUUUAAAAUGAGAGAGGAACUAUGUUUGUAUGGAGAACCGAGCUUGCCAUGGACCCUUAAUCAUUUAAACUAGAUUUUGUCACAAUCAACCAUCUGAGUUAAUUUGUAUUCAAGGCUGUUUUAUAAAUGAGAUAGACAUGUAAAAAAAACGCGUAGAAAAUUACUGCAGAUUGUUGUUGCUGGUUCGACAGCUAAAUAUGGCACUUUUAGGAGCCAUGUAAUUAAAGUCAAUGUGUUCCCUCUAUAAGGGAACCAGUAAAAAAAUCCGCGUAGACGCGAAUACUACUGGUAAUUAUUGUAUCUGGUUCGACAGCUAAAUAUGGCACUUUUAGGAGCCAUGUAAUUAAAGUAAAUGUGUUCCCUCUAUAAGGGAACCAGUAAAAAAAUCCGCGUAGACGCGAAUACUACUGUAAAUUAUUGUAGCUGGUUCGACAGCUAAAUAUGGACCCUCUAUGUAUAAGGGAACCGUUUACUAGCUCUUUCGUCGCUUUUCACACUUACGUUUUUACACAUUUUUUACUCAAAGAAAUCCUGUAGAACAGAAGGAGUGUAGCUCUUCCUUUCUGACAACAGCGUAUGUAGAGGUAGACCAAGCUAAGUUGGCAGCGAUUUUGAUAGCCCACACGCCAAGUGUUAUUUUAAACUUUAAACUUCUACGAAAUUAUGACGUUAAAACUUGCACCGUCUGGUUUAGCUUUGUCUGACUAUAUACAAAUACGAGUAGUUGUUGCGCUAUGACGGUAAUUCCAGCAAUAAAUUCUAUCACAUUGAGCUUAGUGGAAACUGGAUUGUCGAACUAGCGCCAUCUACUUUAGCUGGCAAAUUAGUGGCUACAAUAAUUUGCACUAAUUCAUACCUUUAACACAUUCACUGCCAGUGACCCGAUAGGCGCUUUUCGCUACAUACGGGUUUUCCCAUGCUAUCAGCUACGCUCGUAGCUCGCUGGCACUGAAUGUGUUAACAUAGUUCUUUAAUUAUGCUAAAAUGUAAGACUGUGCCAUAUCUAGUAAGAUAAAAAAGUAGUUUUUGUUUCCAGUAUUAUUAUUUGUUAUUACUUACAGAAAUUUGAUAUUAUUACUCUUAUAUUUAGUAAAGCUCUAGUGGUGCUAAUUCCCAAUGGGAUUCGCAACUAUCAAAGGUUUUUAUAGAUUGCGCCAGCAUAGGCAUCCACCCAUAAAAAUAGCUAUUUAUGCAACAAGUGCGGAAAUCAUCUUUACGCACGUGUAUCAUACAAUGUUUUACUAUGCAUUGUGCGAGUAAAUAAAAAAACAUAUCAUGGCAAAUAAGUUUAAUUAUUAAAAAAUUGAAAACAAAAAGCACUAGUGCGGAAAAGAGCACUUUUCCGCACUAGUGCGAGAAAGUAGCACCAUAUGUACUGUAAAAAAAAAUUGAAAACAAAAAGCACUAGUGCGGAAAAGUAGUACUUUCCGCAUGAUAUGGCUCCGUAGGAAACGCACUGAGCACAUGCAUUGUAAACAAGUAUUUGACACUAUUUGUAGGAUUGACAGGUAAAACCUAUGCCGGCGCCAUCUGUUAAAUACUUCCACCGGCCAGCCCCAUUGUUAUAUAUAAACCUUAAAAUAACCUCGUUAUGUUUAGAAUUUGGAUACCUUAUUAGACGAAUUUAAAAAAAAAAAUAUGUUAUCACAUAAAUGUACAGAUUACUUAAUGUAUGAUAUGUACAUUCUGGCAAAAAAGAGUAGAAAUUAAAAAGUGGCAACACUGUAGCGUCGUCCCUUUCAAAUCAAUCUAAGAAAAACGGGACGACACUACAGUGUUGCCACUUUUUUAAUUUCUACCCUUUUUUGCCAGACUGUACAGAAGGCGUAAAAAAGCGCCCUAAAUGCCACUUUUCUCAAAGAUUAACUCUUCUACAAUAAAUAACUCUUUGCCACUGGUGGUAACAAAUUGAUGUGAGAACGCCAAACUUAUUUUUGUUUUUGUUUUUAUGCAAUCAAUAUUUUUAUUUUAACCCGUUAAUUGUGAAACGACGCCAUAUUUGUCGUUUGACAUGAGAAUUUUCUGUUCUUCCGACAGUCUUUGGCGGUCAAAAGUGUUGUCGUUGUAAUUUGAACCUUCUGCAAAUAUAAUAAAGUCGCAUUUUCGAACUUCCACUUUUAGAAGUAUGUGAUAUUUACCUACUUGGUUUAUAAUAAAAGGUCCUAAAAGAAAACUCUUAUGUAAGGAAAAUUAUAUUGUUAAGUUGACUACAAAUUGUUUCUAGAUAGUUAAUUAUAAUCUACUAAAUAUUUACAUACAAGAUAUAUACAGUGGUACUACGUAAACGAAAUUAAUAACUAGCUUAAAUCUAAAAUAGGCCCUUGAGGCAUUGUACCAAGGAUGCUGGCGGCAUUUCCUCGUUGUAUCGCAAUGCUGAUACGAUGUGCGAGAAAGCCGCCAGCUCUUCGGUCACCAGUUACGUCAACCAGACGCUUCGCGAUUUCUGCAAACAACUUGUGCGCGCUGGGACCCCAUGGAUCUAGUUUCAACUCCAAUAGUUAAUUAGUUAUGUUUAGUUUUGUGAACAAUUACGUCAUGAAAGGGUUAUUUAGUUAUUUUGUUUUGAUCUGUCUACUAAAUUGUAUUAGGUAUGAUGUUAAUACAAGUUAGGAAGGUAGAGUUAGGCCAAGCGAAGUUUUGAUAGCACAGACUGUGCAAGUAUUUUCAAAAUCUGUGCUAUCAAAUUCGCUUGGUCUAACUCUACCUCCCUUAUGUGUAGUGAUACACAUUUUAUUAAAUAUAAUUGUGUUUACCUACAAGAAAGUGCCAUAAUGUAAAAUGUUUGCUAUUUGUGAUCAGAAUAUUUGUGGUUAUAAAUAAACAACUUG